CAGAAACAACAUGGCGGAAAAUUUGUAGAAAUUAUUAAAUGCACGAACGUACUUUUAUAUUUGAGAAAUUUGUCCAUUCGCGUCGUAUGGUGUGUUUUUAAGUCGGCUCACGCUAUGCACAGGAACACAAAGACUAAAAAUGUCUUUCUUUCACGCGCUUUGGAGAAAAUCCUUCACGAUAAAGAGACAAAGAAAUCUCACCAUUCACAAUUGAAGAAAGCUUGCGAAACUGCUUUGGAAGACAUUAAUGUUGCACAAGGGAACGGCAAUGAAAAGUCUUCAGGGGACAGUUCCUCUGCGACCCUACCUCCUCCUCCUGGUCAACAAACGUUCAUCACUGCGGACCAGUACUUUUUGCCAUUUGAGUUGGCGUGUCGAUCGAAAUGUUCAAGAAUUGUGAUAACAGCCUUGGAUUGCAUACAGAAACUGAUUGCCUAUGGUCAUAUCAUUGGUGACACACCAGAUUCGGUCGAGCCUGAAAAGCGUUUGAUAGACCGAAUAAUUGAUACAAUAUGCAGUUGUUUCACUGGAAUUGAUACGGAUGAGGGUGUUCAGCUGCAAAUCAUAAAGGCUCUUCUCACUGCGGUAACAUCAAGCACUUGCGAGGUUCAUGAAGGAACAUUGCUUCAAGCUGUCCGUACGGUCUAUAAUAUCUACCUGGCCAGCAGGAAUCUGAUCAAUCAAACCACAGCUAAAGCCACCUUGACGCAGAUGAUCAGUUUGGUCUUUCAAAGAAUGGAGAGUCAAGCUGUUGCUGAUGCAAAGCUCCAGGAGGAACUUGCUUUGGAAAAGGAGGCUUUGAAAGGCAAGGAAGAGGAAGUGGAACAAGUUGAAGCAAAAGAAAAACAGGAUGAAAUGGACGAAGAAGAUCAUGUGAAGGUUGAUCAGACGCUGCCUAAUGGUGAUGUCGUUCAGGAUGAAGACGAGGGGGUUGAUUUAAGAGAAGGUGAUGUGGACAGUCCAGCAGACGAGCAGAACAAAGCCAACGAUGAAAAUGUGAACGUAGAUGACACCAGAGACUCGCAAUCUGAGAUGUUUCAAGGAGAACAGAGUGAAGCUCCGGCCGACUCAGAUGGUAACACAGUUCUAGAACAACCCCAAAACGACGAAGCUGCGAGCCACGACUCUUCCGACAUUCCUGACGGGAAAAGCUAUGAUGUUCUGGAGAGUUCAAGUGAUUCGGUUGAACAGAACGAGACAGCGUCAAAUGAACCGCCUCACGAAGCUAACUCGACCUCGGGAGAAACCUCCGAAGACAAACCAGCCGAAAAACCCGAGAGUGUUUCUACAGAGAAUCCCGAUGAGACCAAAGACGAUGCUUCCAAAGAGUCUGUGAAAGUUCCGCCCAUUCAAAUACCGGACGAUGGACAAGCCAAGCCUGAGAGAGCUGCUACGAUACCAGAUGAUAUUUCAGAAGGUCAUGAAGAUGGCCUGGACACAGCUAGAAGUUCAUUAUCUGAAAAUCAUUCUGAUAUGCCCGGGGAAGGAGCAGCCGAUGGAAAGACAAAGCAAAGGUUCUCUCAUAUCACCCAGAAAGAUGCUUUCUUGGUUUUCCGUUCAUUGUGUAAGCUCUCUAUGAAACCCUUAGCUGAAGGACCUCUGGAUCCCAAGUCUCAUGAGCUCAGAUCCAAAAUUCUUUCUCUUGAACUUCUGUUAUCUUGUCUUCAAAAUGCUGGUCCAGUGUUCCGCACUCAUCCCAUGUUUAUCAACGCCAUUAAACAAUAUUUGUGCGUGGCCUUAUCUAAAAAUGGCGUGUCAUCCGUGCCUGCUGUGUUUGAACUAUCCUUGGCAAUCUUCCUCACCUUGUUGUCUUAUUUCAAAACACAUCUCAAAAUGCAGAUCGAGGUUUUCUUCAAAGAUAUCUUUCUCAACAUUCUGGAGACUUCGACCAGUUCAUUUCAACACAAAUGGAUGGUUAUGCAAACCUUGACGAGGAUUUGUUCGGAUGCCCAAACUGUGGUUGAUAUUUAUCUAAACUACGAUUGUGAACUCGCUUUAUCGAAUAUAUUUGAGAGAUUGAUCAACGAUCUUUCGAAAGUCGCUCAAGGUCGUCAAGCUAUCGAACUUGGUGCCACUCCAGUGCAAGAGCGUAGUAUUCGUAUCAAAGGUCUCGAGUGUUUGGUUUCAAUUUUGAAAUGUAUGGUCGAGUGGAGCCGGGAUCUGUACUUCAAACCUGACUCGCAAGUUGAUGAUAACUUAGAUUUCGACGAUGGCACACCGACCAUGCCUCGCAAGGAAAGUUUACUUGAGGAAGAUGGUGGAAACGCUGAAGGAGAGGAAAAUCUUCAGUCAAUGAAACCAGGAGGUAGUCAAUCCUCUCUCAAUAAUGGACCGCCUCUUGAUAAUGCAGAACAAUUUGAAAGCUUGAAACAAAAGAAGGAGACCAGAGAAAAAGGAAUACAAUUAUUUAAUAAAUCGCCUUCCAAAGGUUUGAAGUUUCUUCAAGCUGAAGGUUUGCUGGGAGACUCCGUGACAGAAGUUGCUCAGUUUCUACUUACAGACGACAAAUUAGACAAGACAAUGAUUGGUGAGCUGUUGGGGGACCCAGGCCAAUAUGAACGCGAGGUGAUGUAUGCGUACAUAGACCAACUGGAGUUCUCGGGGAUGAACCUCGUACAAGCCUUACGUCUGUUUCUGCACAACUUUCGUUUGCCUGGCGAGGCUCAGAAGAUUGACAGGUUGAUGGAGAAGUUUGCGAGUCGAUUCUGUGAGACGAAUCCCAACGAUGAUGUCUUUGCAAGCGCCGACGCAGCCUACGUUCUGGCUUACUCUAUCAUUAUGCUAACGACUGACCUACACAGCUCUCAGGUGAAACGUAAGAUCACGAAAGAACAAUAUAUUCAAAUGAAUCGUGGUAUCAACGAUAACAAAGAUCUUCCACCUGAAUACCUCGAGACGAUUUACGAUGAUAUUGCUCAAAACGAGAUCAAAAUGAAACACACGCCUAAAGUGAACAGCAGAUAUGACGCCACUUAUUUACAAAGCGAGAAACAUCGUCGUAUGUUGUACUCGAUGGAGAUGGAACAGAUGGCUGAAAACGCGAAAACGCAGAUGGAAGACGUCAGUCAUAUCCACACCGAUUUCGUUACCGCAACACAAAUUGGACACGUGAAAACCAUGUUCAAGGUGGCUUGGAGUCCAUUUUUGGCUGCAUUUAGCGUUAAUCUCCAGGAUAACGAUGAUCCAGCGGUAGCCUCGUUGUGUCUAGAUGGUAUCCGCUGUGCUAUCAGAAUAUCUUGCAUCUUCAGCAUGCCUCUGGAAAGAGAUGCGUUCGUGCAGGCUUUAUCAAGGUUCACCCUCCUCACGGCGACCAGUGGAACUCACAUUCAUGAGAUGAAAACGAAGAAUAUUGAGACGAUCAAGACCUUAAUUACCAUCGCUCAAACGGAUGGUAACUACGUCGGGAAAUCUUGGCUCGAGAUAUUGAAAUGUAUUUCUCAACUUGAGCUUGCGCAGUUGAUUGGCACUGGAGUGAAAACGCGGUACCUUCAUACGGGAGCCAGCGGUGUUACAAACUCUGGAACAACACACGUGACGAAUCGUAGAGUAUCUCACGAGACCACGGCAGCAGAUUCGAAGAAAAUGGCCAGCGCUCAGGAAGCUAUCGGGGAGACGGAGCGUUCGAGAUUCGUCGUGGCUGUAGACAGAGUCUUUACUGGUUCAGUCAAGCUGGAUGGGGAUGCUAUAGUUGAUUUUGUUGCGGCUUUGCGACAAGUUUCCGAAGUCGAGCUUUCAAAUCCGACCAUGAUACGAAUGUUCAGUCUUCAAAAAAUCGUUGAGAUUGCGUAUUAUAACAUGGGUCGUAUCAGACUGCAGUGGUCUAGGAUAUGGGCCGUAUUGGGAGAUCAUUUUAAUAAGUGUGGUUGUAAUCCCAACGAAGAAGUGGCCUUCUUCUGCGUCGAUUCUUUGCGACAGUUGUCUAUGAAAUUCUUAGAAAAAGGAGAGUUGCCUAAUUUCCGCUUUCAAAAGGACUUUCUGAGACCUUUUGAGUACAUCAUGAAGAAGAAUAGUUCAGCCACAAUACGUGAUAUGGUGGUUCGUUGUGUGACACAAAUGGUUCAUUCACAAGCUGUGAACAUCAAAUCAGGCUGGAAGAAUGUCUUCUCCGUUUUUCAUUUGGCAGCAUCAGAUCACGACGAAGGAAUUGUUGAACUGGCCUUUCAAACUACAGCCACGAUUUUUGAGAAAUAUUUUUCAGCGACAAUCGACUCGUUCCAAGACGCCGUUAAAUGUUUGUCCGAAUUCGCUUGUAAUGCUAGUUUUCCUGACACAAGUAUGGAAGCAAUCAGACUCAUUCGAAACUGUGCCAAGUUUGUCUUUGAAAAUCCCCCGAUGUUCAAAGAUCACGCUGCCGAGGAUGCUAAUAUAUCCGAGCAAGAUCGCAUCUGGGUAAAAGGCUGGUUCCCAGUGCUUUUUGAACUGUCGUGCAUAAUCAACAGAUGUAAACUGGAUGUUAGAACAAGAGGUCUGACGGUGAUGUUUGAGAUAAUGAAGACUUAUGGAAACACGUUUCUUCAAAAUUGGUGGCGUGACGUUUUUAAAGUCGUCUUCAGAAUAUUUGACAAUAUGAAACUCCCUGAUCGACAGAUUGAUUGGCAAGAGAAGUCGGAAUGGAUGACAACAACUUGCAAUCAUGCGCUGUACGCCAUCAUUGAUGUUUUCACACAAUAUUUUGAUAUUUUGGCUGAAAUUCUUCUUGACGAUAUGUACAGUCAUCUGGAGUGGUGUGUCAAACAAGAUAACGAGCAGCUCGCGAGGUCUGGUACCAACUGUUUGGAAAAUCUUGUUGUCUCGAAUGGAAACAAAUUUUCGGAAGAGGUCUGGGAACAAACGUGUCAAUGUGUCAAAACAAUAUUUCAAUCAACCAUACCUCAUCAAUUGUUAACGUGGAAGCCAGCUGACCAACAAGUAUUGAACCUGCCAACACCUGAAGCCACUCCAGUUGCCUCCCCUGUUAAGAAAAUGCCAUCGGUCGACUUCGAAGACGACAUCGUUCCGAAGUACCCCGAAGAUGAAGAUGACUCGGACGGAAUACUACUGUCGACACACGAGAGUAUUGAAGAAGAGAUAAACUUGAACGACACGAUUCAAGAAACCAGCGAACAAGACAGCAUUAGCCUACACAGUACACCCAGCUUACGGUUUGAACCUGUGGAGGACAAACCGGUAAUCCAAACAGAAAGAAUGCUGUUCAACUCUUUGAUCAUAAAAUGUGUCGUUCAGUUAGAGUUGAUUCAAAUGAUCGAUAAUGUUGUGUUUUACCCAAGUACAAGCAGACGCGAAGAUGAAGACUAUAUGGCGGAACUAAAGGGAGUUACUGGUCCUCGCCGUGUCAACAAGAUUGAACAUGAUGGAAUGUUUCCACUUCUUAGUUCGCAGCAACUUUUCCUCUUUUGUGAAGUUUUGGAAAACUCGCAUAAAUUUGCGAAAAGUUUCAACUGUGAAAACGAUGUACGGACUGCGUUGUGGAAGGCUGGUUUUAAAGGCCAGUCAAAGCCUAAUUUAUUGAAACAGGAGACAUCGAGUCUUGCGUGUCUGCUCAGAAUACUUUUUAGAAUGUACGAUGAUGAAAGUCGGAAGGAAUCCUGGGAGGAAGUUGAACAGAGAAUGUUGAGGAUUUGUAAAGAAGCUCUGACGCAUUUCAAUCAACUGCAAUCAGCCAGUCACAGAGAUGCUUGGACGACGUUGCUAAUUCUUAUUUUUACCAAGAUACUUCGUCUUCCGGAUGAAAGGUUCAAAAUCCACAUGUCAUCUUGUUUUCUUCAUCUUUCUGAAAUGGUCAUGUUUGAUUGCAAACAUGAACUCCGAUUAAUGCUGCGAAAAGUUAUUCAAAGAACUGCCGGUACCUUCGGCAUUCUCAGCCUGCAGAGUUAACAAAGUCUUAUAAAACAAUGGUCCCUCACGGCCGUUGAAUCAAUGAAUACUACCCACAAAUCUACGAUAUUCUAUUGGAGGUCUUCAGCGCUAAUCUUGACAAAACCUCGCUGGUUCAUACGAGUGGGAUAUUUAGCUGUGAAGGGCAAUAAGCGAAACUCAAAUAAUCCAAGCAUGAAAUGGUCUAUUUGCGUUUUAAGGUACUUUUUUAUCUGAUCCAACACGUGUGAACCAGUUUCAGCAAGUCUAGAUUAGACACGAUAGGUUUUGAAGAAGCAUAUGAAAUAGACAUGUGUUUAGAGCGGCCCACGCCCAUGAAAUAGAGGUCUAGACCCGGCCUGCGUCUAGGCUUCAUAAAAUGAAUACAUUCUCUAGCAUGACAAUAAUGUAGCUAAUAAUUUAUUUAAUCUGUAAUUGUGAUUAAUUAUAAUAACCCAGAGAAUGAUUGUGCUGAAUUUUUGCGCACAAAAUGAUAACGAGCAUGUGGUUUUGUUGAAGAGCCUUUGCUCGAAUUGAACCGAAUUUUUAAAGCGUGUUAUAAAAUCUGUUUUAAUUGUCAAUUUCUAUUAAAUAGACUUCAGGUAGAAUUAUAGCGUUCACGAAAGAAUCGAAUUGAUAAAAUAAAUACCAUUUCUCAAACGUU